UUAAUGACUGAUUCUUAAUUCUAAUAUGCUGGAGUGAUCAUCAUCGAGGAUUUUAGGGAUCUUAUGAAACUUAUUGCUUACUCUUUUUAGCAAUCACUCUUCUCUCUAUAUAAUUCCUUCUUCCUCUUCUUCUCUCAAAUUGCCUUCAAAACUCACCAAUCUACCACCACUUCCGCCGCCUCAGCCCCUUUUCUUUUUUUUUCUCGGCCGACCGGUCAGCACGUCAGCUCCCAGCCGCUGCCGCCGUGGAAUUGUGCUCUUCUUUCCAUCUCAGUUCACUCUUUGUAUAUUCCUAUAACCAAGACUUACGAGAAUGGCAUCCAGACGGAACGUCCAGUAUAGUCGUCUUGUUGAUGAUGACGAUAGCAAUUAUAAUGGUGGUGGUCAAAAUCGACAUGACCCCAGAUUUGAUUAUGCUCCCAGAAGCUAUGACAGAGUUCCUUGGAAAUCAAUAAUUCUUGCAAUCUUUUUGCUCCUACUUGGGUGCCUGCUUCUCUUGCUUGCAGUUUUCAUCUUCACUGGUCACAUGGGAGGGGAGUUCUCCCAAGCUUAUGGCCUAUUAGGACUGGGUUUACUUACCUUCCUGCCAGGAUUUUAUGAAACUCGGAUUGCCUACUACUCGUGGAGAGGUGCCCAAGGAUACCGUUUUGCCAAUAUUCCCGACUACUGAGGUUUUGCUUUGUUUCAACGCAGCAUAUUUGUUUUGUUUGCAUUUAGCUUCCUCUGUAAGAACUUGUGGCCAUACUAAUGUGUAUAAUAUGUAGAACGCGUGUAAAUUCUGUUUAGCUGGUCACAAUUGCUUACAAAUGUCCAGACAAGUGUUGUAUCGGAGAGCUUCUUUAGGUGAAUCCAUGAGCUGCAAACUGAGAAUGCCAUUAGGAUCAUUUUGUUGGUUCUUUUAUUUCAGAUUGUAUGUCAUUUUCGACCUUCGUUCUCUACUCAUGAUAUAUACUGGUAUGAAGUUGCAACUA